GUUGUGUAGCACGAACAGUAAAUUCUCCAAACCAACAUCUGUUGAGAACUGACGAUGUUAUUAGCUGCUGUUUGGACCUGAGUGCCCCCAGCAUCUCUUUCCGGAUAAAUGGUCAGCCAGUUCAAGGAAUGUUUGAGAAUUUCAACAUAGAUGGCCUCUUCUUCCCAGUUGUCAGCUUCUCUGCAGGAAUAAAGGUGCGUUUCUUGCUUGGAGGUCGCCAUGGAGAGUUCAAGUUCCUUCCUCCACCUGGGUAUGCCCCUUGCUUUGAAGCUGUCCUACCGAAAGAGAAGCUGAAAGUGGAGCAUAGCCGGGAGUACAAGCAGGAUCGUAGCUAUACAAGAGACCUUCUGGGUCCCACUGUCUCUUUGUCACAAGCAGCUUUCACUCCAGUUCCUGUAGAUACUACCCAGAUUGUUUUGCCUCCUCACCUUGAAAGGAUUAGAGAAAAAUUAGCAGAGAACAUCCAUGAACUUUGGGUUAUGAAUAAGAUUGAACUUGGCUGGCAGUAUGGACCAGUUAGAGAUGACAACAAAAGACAACAUCCAUGCUUAGUGGAGUUCUCAAAAUUGCCAGAGCAGGAAAGAAAUUAUAACUUGCAAAUGUCACUUGAAACACUGAAAACCCUGCUGGCAUUAGGCUGCCAUGUUGGAAUUGCUGAUGAACACGCUGAAGAAAAAGUGAAAAAAAUGAAACUUCCAAAAAACUACCAGUUGUUGAGCGGAUAUAAGCCUGCUCCCAUGGAUCUGAGUUUUAUCAAACUGACGCCCUCUCAAGAAGCUAUGGUGGAUAAACUAGCAGAGAAUGCUCAUAAUGUGUGGGCAAGGGACCGUAUAAGGCAAGGCUGGACGUACGGUAUCCAGCAGGAUGUGAAAAAUCGACGAAAUCCUCGCCUUGUACCUUAUGCUCUUUUGGAUGAUCGGACGAAGAAGUCAAACAAAGACAGUCUUCGGGAAGCAGUCCGCACCCUGCUAGGCUAUGGUUACAACCUGGAAGCUCCUGAUCAAGAUCCUGCUGCAAGACUGGACGUGUGCAAUGGGAUAAUGGAAAAAUUCAGGAUCUUCCGCACCGAAAAGACUUACGCAGUGAAGACUGGGAAGUGGUAUUUUGAGUUUGAGGCAGUUACUGCAGGAGACAUGAGAGUUGGCUGGACCAGGCCGGGUUGUCUGCCAGAUCAGGAACUUGGCUCAGAUGAAGAAGCUUUUGUUUUUGACGGCUUUAAGGCACAGCGGUGGCAUCAGGGUAAUGAGCAUUUUGGCCGCUCUUGGUUGGCAGGAGAUGUUGUUGGAUGUAUGGUUGACAUGAAUGAGCACACUAUGAUGUUCACCUUAAAUGGUGAAAUCCUGCUUGAUGACUCAGGUUCAGAACUUGCAUUCAAGGACUUUGAGGUUGGUGAUGGAUUUCUACCUGUGUGCAGCCUGGGCCCAUCUCAAGUGGGAAGAAUGAACUUUGGAAAAGAUGUCAGCACUCUAAAGUAUUUCACUAUCUGUGGCUUACAGGAAGGGUAUGAACCCUUUGCUGUUAAUACAAACAGAGACAUCACCAUUUGGCUGAGUAAAAGGCUUCCUCAGUUUCUACCAGUACCACAAAAUCAUGAACAUAUUGAGGUGAUGAGAAUUGAUGGCACCAUAGACAGCUGCCCCUGCCUGAAGGUCACACAGAAGUCCUUUGGUUCACAGAACAGCAAAACAGACGUCAUGUUUUUUCGGUUAAGCAUGCCCAUUGAAUGUGCUGAGGUGUUCUCCAGAUCAGCUGCAGGAGGGUUACCAGGCUCUGGUCUUUUUGGCCCAAAGAAUGACUUGGAGGAUUAUGAUGCCGAUUCUGAUUUUGAAGUUCUAAUGAAAACUGCUCAUGGUCAUCUAGUUCCCGAUCGGACAGAAAGAGAAAAAGAUGCCACAAAACCAGAGUUAAACAACCAUAAAGAUUAUGUUCAAGAAAAGCCCUCACGUCUUAAACAAAGAUUUAUGCUCAGGAGGACAAAGCCAGAUUAUAGCACGAGUCACUCUGCACGGCUUACUGAGGAUGUGCUAGCAGAUGAUAGAGAUGACUAUGAUUAUUUGAUGCAAACUUCCACGUACUAUUAUUCAGUGAGAAUAUUUCCUGGUCAAGAACCUGCUAAUGUCUGGGUGGGCUGGAUUACAUCUGACUUUCACCAGUAUGACACGAGUUUUGACUUGGACAGAGUGCGUACUGUCACAGUUACACUGGGAGAUGAAAAAGGGAAGGUUCAUGAGAGUAUAAAACGCAGCAACUGCUAUAUGGUGUGCGCAGGAGAGAGCAUGAGCCCUGGACAAGGACGUAAUAAUAAUGGUCUGGAGAUUGGUUGCUUGAUUGAUGCUGCCAGUGGCCUGCUCACCUUCACAGCUAACGGCAAGGAACUAGGGACGUACUAUCAGGUUGAACCGAGUACAAAGUUAUUUCCUGCUGUAUUUGCUCAAGCUACAAGCCCCAAUGUUUUCCAGUUUGAAUUGGGAAGAAUAAAGAAUGUAAUGCCGUUAUCUGCUGGCUUAUUCAAAAGCGAACACAAAAACCCAGUCUCCCAAUGUCCUCCACGUCUUCAUGUCCAAUUUCUGACUCAUGUGCUCUGGAGCAGAGUGCCAAACCACUUCUUGAAGGUUGAUGUCUCUCGAAUCAGUGAACGUCAAGGCUGGAUGAUACAGUGCCUGAAUCCUUUGCAGUUCAUGGCCCUUCACAUUCCUGAAGAAAACAGAACAAUUGAUAUUUUAGAGCUGACAGAACAAGAAGAAUUGCUGAAAUUUCACUACCAUACCCUCCGGUUAUAUUCAGCUGUUUGUGCUUUAGGCAACAACCGAGUGGCCCAUGCUAUGUGUAGCCAUGUGGAUGAAUCUCAGCUCCUGUAUGCUAUUGAGAAUAAAUACAUGCCAGGAUUAUUACGUGCAGGAUAUUAUGACUUACUCAUUGACAUCCAUCUCAAUACCUAUGCAACUGCCAGGUUAAUGAUGAAUAAUGAAUUUAUAGUUCCAAUGACAGAUGAGACCAAGAGUAUUACUUUGUUUCCUGAUGAAAACAAAAAACACGGCCUCCCUGGUAUAGGACUUAGCACUUCAUUAAGGCCAAGAAUGCAGUUCUCCUCUCCGAGUUUUGUAAGCAUUAGCAGUGAAUGCUUCCAGUUCAGUCCUGAAUUCCCUCUGGAAAUCUUAAAGGCCAAAACCAUAGAGAUGCUGACUGAAGCUGUUCAGGAGGGCAGCCUCCAUGUCAGAGAUCCUGUUGGAGGUUCUACAGAAUUUCUGUUUGUCCCUCUCAUCAAGCUCUUUUAUACCCUCCUAAUUAUGGGAAUCUUCCACAAUGGGGAUCUGAAACACAUCUUGCAGUUGAUUGAGCCCCGGGUUUUCAGAGAAGCUAUGAGCCAGGAGGAUGAAAUUGAUUUCUCAGAGACGGAGCAGAGUUCAGAUGAGCUCAAGUCAGAAGAAGGAGAGGAAGAAACCAGAGGGGAGCAAGUGCCAAAGGAAGGACUUCUCCAGAUGAAACUUCCAGAACCUGUUAAAUUACAGAUGUGUCAUCUACUCCAGUACCUGUGUGAUUGCCAGGUACGACACCGAAUAGAAGCCAUUGUAGCAUUUUCAGAUGAUUUUGUGGCCAAGCUUCAAGAGAAUCAGCGCUUCCGGUACAAUGAAGUAAUGCAGGCCUUGAACAUGUCUGCUGCACUGACAGCUAGAAAAACAAAAGAAUUUCGAUCCCCACCCCAGGAGCAGAUUAACAUGCUGCUGAACUUUAAAGAUGAUAAAAAUGAUUGUCCUUGCCCUGAAGAAAUUCGGGAUCAACUCUUGGAUUUCCAUGAAGACUUAAUGACACACUGUGGAAUUGAACUAGAUGAAGAUGGAACCUUGGAUGGAAGCUGUGACUUAACCAUUAGGGGUCGCCUCCUAUACCUGAUGGAGAAAGUUACACAUCUGAAGAAGAAGCAAGCUGAGAAGCCAGUUGAUGAUGAUGCUAAGACAUCCUCUACUCUUCAGCAUUUGAUUUCAGACACGAUGGUACGCUGGGCUCAGGAAUCAGUGAUAGAAGACCCGGAAUUAGUGAGGGCCAUGUUUGUAUUGCUACAUCGCCAAUAUGAUGGUAUUGGUGGCCUGGUUCGAGCCCUACCAAAGACCUACACCAUAAAUAGUGUGUCUGUGGAAGACACAAUCAAUCUUCUGGCAUCCCUCGGCCAAAUCCGUUCCUUGCUUAGUGUCAGAAUGGGGAAGGAGGAAGAGAAACUUAUGAUUCGUGGAUUAGGAGACAUCAUGAAUAAUAAAGUAUUUUACCAACAUCCAAAUCUCAUGAGAGCUUUAGGCAUGCAUGAAACUGUAAUGGAAGUGAUGGUAAAUGUGCUUGGUGGAGGAGAAUCCAAGGAAAUCACUUUCCCAAAGAUGGUGGCAAACUGCUGUCGUUUUCUAUGUUAUUUUUGCCGCAUCAGCAGGCAGAAUCAAAAAGCUAUGUUUGAUCAUCUUAGCUAUUUAUUGGAAAAUAGCAGUGUUGGCCUUGCCUCUCCAUCUAUGCGAGGAUCAACUCCUUUAGAUGUUGCAGCAGCCUCUGUGAUGGAUAACAAUGAACUUGCACUAGCUUUAAGGGAGCCUGAUCUGGAGAAGGUGGUUCGCUACUUAGCUGGAUGUGGAUUGCAGAGUUGUCCUUUGCUGAUUUCUAAAGGCUACCCAGACAUCGGAUGGAAUCCAGUUGAAGGAGAGCGAUAUUUGGAUUUUCUUCGGUUUGCUGUAUUUUGCAAUGGAGAGAGUGUGGAGGAGAAUGCUAAUGUUGUAGUCAGACUGCUUAUCCGUCGACCUGAAUGUUUUGGUCCAGCUUUAAGAGGAGAAGGAGGCAAUGGGUUACUUGCUACCAUGGAGGAAGCAAUACAAAUAUCAGAAGAUCCAACAAGAGAUGGACCUUCCCCAAGUAAUGGAUCUAGUAAAACCCUUGAAAUGGAAGAACAAGAAGAUGACACUAUUCACAUGGGAAAUGCAAUCAUGACCUUUUAUGCUGCUUUAAUUGAUCUCUUAGGACGUUGUGCCCCUGAAAUGCAUCUAAUCCAUGCUGGUAAAGGAGAAGCCAUUAGAAUCAGAUCAAUUCUACGGUCUUUGAUUCCACUUGAAGAUUUAGUGGGAGUAAUUAGUAUUCCCUUCCACAUGCCAACCAUAGCUAAAGAUGGUACUGUGGUGGAACCUGACAUGUCUGCGGGGUUUUGCCCAGAUCACAAGGCAGCCAUGGUUUUAUUCCUUGACAGGGUCUAUGGAAUUGAGGACCAGGAUUUUCUUCUACACCUUCUUGAAGUUGGCUUUCUGCCAGAUCUUCGUGCUGCUGCCUCUUUAGAUACAGCUGCUUUAAGUGCUACGGAUAUGGCUUUGGCUCUGAAUCGAUACCUUUGCACAGCAGUCUUGCCUCUGUUGACCAGAUGUGCUCCUCUUUUUGCUGGCACAGAGCACCAUGCUUCCCUCAUCGAUUCCUUAUUACAUACAGUGUACAGACUCUCAAAGGGAUGCUCUCUUACCAAAGCUCAACGCGAUUCUAUUGAAGAGUGUUUGCUGUCUAUCUGUGGGCAGUUGCGGCCUUCCAUGAUGCAGCAUUUGCUGAGAAGAUUAGUAUUUGAUGUUCCUCUAUUAAAUGAACAUGCAAAGAUGCCUCUCAAGUUGCUGACAAAUCAUUAUGAAAGAUGUUGGAAGUACUAUUGCUUGCCAGGUGGAUGGGGUAACUUUGGUGCUGCUUCAGAAGAAGAACUUCAUUUAUCCAGAAAGUUGUUCUGGGGUAUUUUUGAUGCUUUGUCUCAAAAGAAGUAUGAACAAGAACUGUUUAAAUUAGCUUUGCCUUGUUUGAGUGCAGUUGCAGGGGCCUUACCUCCAGACUAUAUGGAAUCAAAUUAUGUCAAUAUGAUGGAAAAACAGUCUUCAAUGGAUUCAGAUGGGAACUUUAAUCCUCAACCUGUUGAUACAUCAAACAUUACAAUCCCUGAAAAGCUAGAAUAUUUCAUUAACAAAUAUGCAGAACACUCUCAUGACAAAUGGUCAAUGGAAAAGGUAAAAUCUAUAUUC